AUGAAGUACAAUCACCUUUCUGUUCUCUGUUUCAUUAUCUCCGUGGUUGUAGCUGCUGGUCCCACCAUAACCCACCAAAGUGAAACUGCCUAUGAAACUUGUGAGGAGCUUAUAUCCUCAAGUUUCCCUGGAACCCUUGGUAAUUAUUGUCUAGAAUCCAACCAGCCUGCCUUAGGGUCUAUGGCCUUGUGCAUAGUGCAAAGCUUUAACAAAACAGGGGUUACCAAAAGAUUUUUAAAGCAUUGUAAGAUAUCUAGAGCCUCCUUUGAUCUGGCGUAUCUCAACGCAACCAAGUUUGUAACUGAUACCCCUAAAUUGGGAUAUCCAGUUUCUGUAUCAAAGGAAGAGGUGCUCAAAGAAUUUACGUCCGCAUUGGUUCUGGAUAAUAAUAAAAAUUGGCAUCUUUGGUAUGGAAUUGCGGUUAUUGGUUAUUGGAUAGUCAUCAUGUUAAUUUCUUCUAUUUUCCACUGGUCUUAUUUCCUAUUUCCAUCCGUCGUGAGAGGGUUACAUGGUCCUAUAUCUAAUAAAUUCAGAUCAUAUCUUACGAUACCUGCUGUGGGUAAAAAACAUCAUACUCAUCAUAAGCUGUUUCUUCGAUAUCUACACUGUUCUGUACCUACAAGAUUUGAAUCUGUAGUAAUACUUGGGUGGUUUAUUUUAAUUGCAGCUUUCCAUCUUUCUAACAUUUAUUUUAUGGAAGGUAAACCUAGAGGUAUUAAUAUUGGAGAUAGAUCUGCCAAUUUAUUGGUUUAUUCGUUAUCAUUGUUGAUCAUAUUUCCAGGUCGCAACAAUUUUUUACAAUGGAUAACUGGUUGGUCAUAUUCAAGAUUUCUUGCAUUCCAUAAAUGGAUUGCUCGGAUUGUAUUCUUGUUGGUUCUUAUCCAUGCUGGUUGUGAAACUCAGUCACUUGUAUCAAUUAAUACUUACACUGAGGCAUUGAAAGUCCCGCAUAUACGGGCCGGGGUCGCAGGGGUGGUCAGUAUAUCCUUGUUGGUAGGUCUGUCGUUCUCAUUCCUUCGCCGGUCAUAUUAUGAACUCUUUGUGUUGACACAUAUACUUUUAGCCAUUGCUUUCAUUGCUAGUGGGUGGAUUCAUGCCAAGGGUUUUGGGUUUGAGAAUUUCUUCCUUGCUGCAACAGUUAUUUGGGGAUUUGAUAGAAUUCUUCGUCUUUCUAGAAUCUUUGCAUUUGGUAUCCAACCCGCAAUCAUCCGUGUGAUUGCUGAUGAAACUUUGAAAGUUACCGUCACAAGACCAAAGUAUUGGAAACCAUUCCCAGGGUGUCAUGCAUAUAUUUAUUUCUUGCAAGGAACUUGCUUCUGGCAAUCACAUCCCUUUACCAUUGUUGAUUCUAUAUCUGAAGACAAUACUAUUACUUUCUACAUCAAAAUUAAGGGGGGUAUAACUCACAGUCUUUUUAGAAAAGUGUCUAGAUCAUUAACGAACUCCACCGAAAUGAAAGUGUUGGUUGAGGGUCCAUAUAACCAUAUACUUCCACUCCAUAUUUUUGAAAGUGUGGUGUUUUUAACUGGUGGGAAUGGAAUUCCUGGUCUUUAUGCUCAAGCACUUGACUUAGCAAAGAUUGCCAACCAACAACAAACAAUAAAACUUUAUUGGAUCAUAAGAAAUUACAAAUCCAUUGAAUGGUUUUAUCCUGAAUUAUUGAAAUUAAAAUCUACACUGGUGAAUGUUACAAUUUUUGUUACCCAACCCUCUAUCAGAUUGAAUGGACAUAUGGAUGAAGAUGACAAGUGCGAUGAAAAUUUUAAGAGUCAUAGCGAGUACGACGAUUAUGCUGAUCAUAAAAUUUGUAAGUAUAUUUUGAAAUUAAAGGAGAGAUUAUCAUUUAUUACCUUUGAAGAAGGUCGUCCCAACAUUCCAAUGUUGAUGGCCAAUGAAAUAUCCGAAUCGCGUGGAUCAAUAGCUUUCAAUUCUUGUGCUCACCCUCAACUAGCAGAUGAAAUCAGAUACAUUGUAUCGCAAGAGGUUUUGAAAACGACAACGAAAAGGAUUGACUUGUUUGAACAGGUGCAAACAUGGUAA